AUUCAGAGGAAGGAGUGGAGGAGAGCAGACUGCUGCCUGCCUUGUGAGCUGUCUAUGGUGCUGAAUCUGGACAAGGACAAGCUGCUUCUACUGGAUCUGCUACCAGUCCUGUACCUGCACCACACAUAGCUUUACUCACCACCAACCCCCCUGGAUAUCUGCACCACCUACAAUGGGAAGCUGGAUUUGAGCAAGGCGCAUCUCCAACAGUCGUGACUCCAUUGGUUAACCACUGCUGCCAAAUCCCCGUAAGUUUCCGGCAUGGAUAACUUUACAGCGCCUCUAGGUGUACUUAUGGCAAAUGGGACAGAGAUCAACCAGACUUUGGACAAUAUGCCUCAGAAUGCUUUAGAGGUCCAGGUUGUCACCAUCUUCUUAGUCCUUUUGAUCUGUGGAGUUGGGAUUGCUGGCAACAUAAUGGUGGUUCUAGUGGUCUUGAGAACCAAACACAUGAUGACCCCAACCAACUGCUACCUGGUCAGCUUGGCCAUUGCUGACCUGAUAGUCUUGUUGGCUGCGGGGCUUCCCAACAUCUCAGAAGUGGUGGCCUCUUGGGUCUAUGGCUACGUUGGCUGCCUGUGCAUCACUUAUCUACAAUACCUUGGCAUCAACAUCUCAGCUUGUUCCAUCACAGCGUUUACCGUGGAGCGUUAUAUAGCCAUCUGCCACUCCAUAAAAGCCCAGUUUAUCUGCACGGUGUCCAGAGCCAAGAAGAUCAUUGCCUUUGUGUGGAUGUUCACCUCCGUGUACUGUGUCAUGUGGUUCUUUUUGGUCGACACCAAGGAAGUCAAGUUUGCUGAUGGGAUCCAAGUCAGCUGCGGCUACCGGGUGCCCAGGAACUUGUACACACCCAUCUACUUUUUAGACUUCACCAUCUUCUAUGUCAUCCCAUUGGUCCUUGCUACGGUUUUGUAUGGCUUGAUAGCGCGGAUAUUGUUCAUGAACCCAUUGCCUUCUAACCCUCAGGAUCUUAGCAGGAUGAGCUCCAAACAUCAUGGGAAGCCCUAUAACUCCAUUAAACUUUCUUGCAAAGGCAACAAAAAUACCGUCAGUUCCAGAAAACAAGUCACCAAGAUGCUGGCAGUUGUGGUCAUCUUGUUUGCUCUCCUUUGGAUGCCCUACCGUACCUUGGUGGUGGUGAACUCCUUCAUGGAUCCGGCCUAUCUCAACGUCUGGUUCUUGCUCUUCUGCCGAUUGUGCAUCUACCUAAACAGUGCCAUCAACCCCAUCAUUUACAACCUCAUGUCUCAGAAGUUUAGAGCAGCCUUCAAGAACCUCUGCAAAUGUGACCCGAAAAGGACAGAAAAGGCCGCCAAAUACAAUGUUCCUGUCUAUUACAGUGUCAUGAAAGACUGUUCGCACGACAGUCCUGACCAUGACCUCACCAUCCAGGAGGACCUCAAUGGCUUUCCGACUAAAAAAGUUAACUUUACAGAGAAGUGCAUAGAUACCACCAACUCCUACAGUGUGGCAUAAUACUGUCUGUAACUGUAUAUGAUUAUGAGUAUUUUCAUCACCAUAUUUUGAAAGCAGUGUUGUAAAGUUAAAGUGGACCUGUCUUUCAAGGUGGCAGCUGUCAUUUUCCUAACUUCAACAAAUUUGAAUCUGUUUUUCAUGUAUUGGGAACUCCUCCUACCCUUUAGAAUUCCAAGGAAAGAAUUUAAUCUUCUGGGAAGUACAAAUGGGAUGUUCUGAAUAGAUUGCAAAAUAGACGGAUUUUUUUUAUCUAAAUCAGCCAUUCUCAACCAGGGUUCAGUGGAACCCUAGGGUUCCUCCAGAGGUGGCUAGGGGUUCCUUGAGCUGUGGUUGAUUUACCUCCUGUUUGAUGGUGCCUACAUAGUUCUGAGCCAAUUCCACUUGGAGAAGCCAGUGGUAUUACACCAAUGAUCUUCAUAGUUCUCUGUAAGGGGGGCAUUCUUACCACUAAAGUAAGGGGCAUUGUUCCCACUGACCCCCAUUAAAUAGGUUUUAUCAGGGGUUCCCCUGAGACCUGGAAAUUAUUUUUAGGGUUCCCCAGCGGUAAAAAGGUUGAGAAAGGCUGAUCUAAAUCUUCCCCCUAGAUCCAACGGAAAUAAAAUGGCCGUAGUUUCACUUUAUGAACUUUUGGGCCUAAUUUAAUCACAGCGAGUGGAAAAAACGUAUUGUUUGAUCUACCCACCUUUGGACACAGAAUAGAAAAUGCAAUCCUAUUCAAUGAUAUGAACAAUAAUUUAUUAUGAGCCCCAACAAUGUAAACAGCUCACAGAGAACUGAUAAGCUGCAUGCCAAAUGAUAACAUAAAUUAAAAAUGGCUGCCUAGGCGACAAGUCCACUUUAAGUGAUAAGAAUUGUAAAUAUAAACAGAUGAGCUUGUAACUAUUCGGUGGUGCCAAAUUUCUACCUGUUCUGCCUGUUCUUUAAUGUGUUUUUUAUUGACAGGGUAUCACUUCAAGUGCUUAUAUGUAUUUAAAGUUCAGCUCUAACCACAAUUGAUAUUUUGUUUUGCAUGGGCAAGGUGAGUCGUGUUCUCAUGGGCCCCAGUGAUGAUGUUCCACCACUUGAAUGCCCAGUUUGAUGCAAUUGCUGCAGCAAUUAUAAACCAAGCAUUAGUAAGAUGGAUUCCUGAUGUUGUUGCAGUAAUGUAGAGCAACAAACAUUUGGGAGAAGCAGAUAGUAGGUGGAGAGUCAAUGUCCCACAAGGAGGUUUGGUCAGCCGGGUCAUACAUAUAAGAUGCCGGUAGUUGCUUCAAACCACCAUUGCCCACCCAAAGCUCACAAUAUCAGUCUUGGGUAACCCAGUCUAUAAUGUAGGAUGAACUUCACAGACAAGCUUGCAUUUUACAGUUUUCUAAGGUUCUUAAAGGGUCAGUAAAGGAAAAAAUGUUAUUAGCUAAAUAGCUUCCUUUACCUUAGUGCAGUGCUGUUUUCAUGUCCUCAUUGUUCGUUUUUAGCUCAGAUGUUGAUGUAUGGCUUUUCUGUUCUCCCCACUUCCUGGUUGUCUGUGAAAGAAAAGCAUGGCAGAGCGAGGAUUCCUGGUGUGUGGACAAACGUGCUCGCCCCCUCCUCUGCAUACUACAUGUCUGCGUCUGGACGCUCUGUACUCUCCAGACUGCAAGGAUGUGUAAUUUACUGAACCUCCCCUCUUUCAUUAUUACAGCCGAAUGGAAGGGGGUGGGUGCGUUCUGCCUCCUCCAGCCCCCUCUCUCACUGUGCCCGCCCACACUUCAGCCAGUGUGUGUGAUCCAUCGUUGGGCAGUAUAGUGGGCAGGCUAUUCAAAUCUAUGCACAGAGCGCGCGUCCCUGUUUUUUAACUGCGCAUGCGCGAUGCGCAAAGGAUACUGGGAAAUGUAGUUCCCAGCAUGACGGCGACGUCGCUCUCACGAACAAGCGCCGAGAAUCAGGAAGAAAAAAGCAGAAAUUAAACCAGAUAGAUGCAGGUAAGAGAUACCAUGAAAUUUAAUCGCUUUUCACUAUUUUUUUUGAAAAAACACUAAACUAUUAUGACUUUAUAGGAUACCACAGGGCAUUUUAACAAAUACAAAUUUUUCCUUUAGUGAUCCUUUAAUGCCCAGAAUUGUGAUCUUUACUCCAGAUGUGAAGUAUAAUUGGCUAGCGUAUGUUUAAAAGUGGAUCCAGAGUCUAGAUACAUCAACAGCUACCUCCAGGAGAUUAAUCCUGCUUCAGCUACCCAACUGAUUAUUGCUUCCAGGUCUGAGCUCUGACCCAGGGUGCAGUUUGUGAGCAGGCAGAGGCCAUGACUGGCUGCCCAGGAAAAAGGGAGUCAAUAAGAGAUCAUAGUUUUCACCCUACUCACAUACUGGACCUAGAAGCAGGGACCUUCUUAUACAAAAAUGUGAUUCUUCUGUAUGAUUGGUAACAUUUGGUCUCAUGUAUUAAAUUGCCAAUGCUGACUUUAUUGUAAUAUAACUGACCAUCAGGUUCAAACAUUUACACCAUAACUGCCAUUUUUAGGCACACAUUUGAAUUGGAUUUGUAAGCUGUGGGCUGGUAAAGGCACAUUUAUAUAUCCACCUAUACAGUAGUGGUGUUUUCCCCUCCCGCAACCCCACCCAACAACAACAUUUUACCUCCCUUCCUUGUGUUGUUUGCAAUAUAGGGCAGACUGAGCACCAACUGGUAAAAAUUAGCUUCCUGGUCAUAUUACAAAUUUUAACCCUAAGUGGUGCUGUGCAGUCUGUAAUGGUACGCUCUAAAAAAAAUGCAGGAUGCAGGGAGACCAAAUACACUAUAAUAAAAGUUUUCCUGAAUGCCAUUAUUCCAGUA